AUGGGAACAAGGAGAUGGAGGGCACCGCCGUAAUAUAGAUUAUCCGGGAGCAAAUCGGACCUGAAAUAGAAGAUGCGCGAAAGAUAGAGAGAGGUAGAGGUCAAGAGAGAUAACGAAGAAGAAAUCAUAGGUAGACAAGGACCAGACGAUGAACGAAGGCUCGAGCGAAGAAGUGACGAGGUCGGUCAUGGAAGAGAAACCAGAACAGCAGCAGAGAGGAUCUCUCGAGAAAGGAAGAUCGUGCAAAGGCUAUCUCUAUUACUCUUCCACUCUCAAAUCCAAGGCUAAGAACCCUCGCUGCGUUGGAAUCCCUCGCACUCUCCGUCAAGUUCCUGAUUACGUUGUUGGACAAUCUGAAGCUGAAGCUUCUAAAGAAGGGAGGACCCUAGCAGAUUUUUACUAUGGCUGUUUGGGGUAUUCCGUCUACAUGACUGAUAAAGACUCAGCUGCCAUUAAGCAACAUACAAAGACCCAACUUCCCGUUUGUGUCGGCCUUGAGAUACUAGCAGAUAGAAGAGCAGCAUCUGGCAAUACUUCAUCUGUUCCAGCCCGUGUUCAAAAUAGAAACGAUUCUCGGGAUUUGCCUCAGCAACAGAACAAUAAACCAGCGCCAGCCACAAACACAGAAAAUGGCUUCUUAACCAGGUUCACAAGAAACGCAAGCCUGGUAGCAUCAGGGGUGAUGAAGAACAUGAAGAGAGUUGGUAACUAUGUGAAAGAGACUGUGGACGAUUCCUUGGACCCAUAUCGAAAGCGACCAAAAUGAAGAUAGUUUUUACAUUAGAUGUGGAGACAAAAAGAAAAAGAAAAAAAAAAUAUGAAGCACAGGUGACAGACGACAGGAUAUGAAUCUUAUUUGACACUUUUUGGAUUCUCUUGAAUUAUCAAAAAUAAAAGCAACAAAAAGGAAAUGGCUGUAUUGAUCUCUAUAUUUAAGCAGGCCAUCUCCCAAAGUGAUUAGCUAUGAGUCUAUGACUAUGAGGACGUGUACACCUUCAUCAGUUUUGGUUUACUGGAUAAUAUUCAUAAUUUCAUAUGCCAAAAGGGGUUCACUUUUAUUCCA